UCAAUGAGAGAUAAAAGUUAAAAGAGCUAUCUGUGAGAUAAAUAAUUUCUAUGAAGAGAUCAUGGGUAGAAUCUCUAAAGGUGCAUGUUGAAGUCAGAGAAAGAGAGAAUCACAACCGAAUUGCUCGUUUUGCAGUAAAACCUUCAUAACAUUCUCCAUUAUAAAAAAAAAUAAUUUGUUAUGACCUAAACAGGAAAAAUUAAAUACUAGUAUGAUAUUUUAUUUUUAAAUUUGAAAAAUAUUGUUUUGAUAAAAAAAAACUAAUGAAUAUUUAAAUUUAAUAUCGAUAUAAAAUUUUUAGGAAAUUGAAACUGAUCAAUUUCAUUUGUACUUUUUACCUGAAUUACAAAAGAUUGGUUAUGAUGGUGUAUUUAGUCCAAAAUCACGUGCAAAAACAAUGUGUGAACAAGAUCGUCGAUUUGUCGACGGUUGUGCUAUAUUUUAUCGUCAAUCCAAAUUUCGUUUAAUCAAAGAUUAUCUUGUCGAAUUUAAUCAAUUAGCAAUAUUAGCUGCAAAUGGUUCAGCAUGUCAUGAGAUGAUGAAUCGUGUUAUGACUAAAGAUAAUAUUGGUCUUGUUGCAUUACUUGAAACAAAAGAAGAAAUUUAUUCUCAUACAUUUUCAAAUGGUAUUUUACCAUCUGAUCAUAAACAAAUGUUAUUCGUUUGUACAGCACAUAUUCAUUGGGAUCCAGAAUAUAGUGAUGUAAAAGUUAUUCAAACAUUAAUGUUAUUAUCAGAAUUAAAAACCAUUAUGGAAGAUGCAAUGCAAAAACAUCGAAAAAUUUCAAAUGCAUUAAUUGAUUGUGCAUCUGUACCAUUAGUUCUUUGUGGUGAUUUUAAUUCAUUACCUGAUUCAGGCGUUAUUGAAUUUAUGCGUAAUGGAAAAAUUUCAAUGAAUCAUGCUGAUUUUAAAGAUCUUUCUUAUCAAUCAUAUUUACAAAAAAUUUGUCGUGCUGAUGUUAAUUCAACACAAAGUACUGAUAUAAUACAUCAUUUUAAAUUACAAUCAGCAUAUGAAACAACAUCAUCUCCUAUAAUGCCUUAUACAAAUUAUACAUAUGAUUUCAAAGGUAUAAUUGAUUAUGUUUUUUUUUCAUCACGAUUAAUGCGUGUACUCGGUGUAUUGGGACCACUUGAUCCUGAAUGGUUACAAUCAAAUAAAAUUGUUGGUUGUCCACAUCCAAAUGUUCCAUCAGAUCAUUUUUCAUUACUUGUUGAAUUUGAACUUGAUCCAACUAUAUCUGAUAUAUCAACAAAUAAUAAUAAUAAUUCCAAAACCUCAACAACAACAACAACAACACCAUCUAUUCCUAUUCGAAAAUAA